AUGACGUCCCUCAUAAAUUUGCCAAUGGUGCUGCUACUGCACACCUCGCUCACUGCGCUGUACCCCCCAAUGAUUUUACCUCGCAUAGGUGUGCACACCGCUGCGUACUGGGCACAAUAUCACUCCCAUCGAGUAUCCGGUCCAUCUGCCACAGAUACUACGACGGCUGUCACGCCGUACCACAUGCCAUCGAUGUGCGAGACCGAGAGAGGCCCGGUGAGGGCUGGGGAAUAUUGGAUUCGGUCCUCCUCUCCUUACCCCAAAUGUUCAACAUCUCACCAACAGACAAGACUCUCUUGGAAGCCUCUCAGCAAUAGAGAGUUCGUGUCCGGGAGGCCAUGUAUUAGCUAUUCUGGAGAAUACAGAAUAGUAAACGUGUUCGUUCAUUCGCGCCUCGUUCUCAUGCGUCCUGUUCGGUAUCGAUUCAAUUCACAGAUCCGUUCUCCCCUUGUCCCCCCAUCAUCUGCAACACAGUGGGAAAUAUUAGCUGGAGUCGAGAUUGCGGGAUAUUCUGUUAGACCUCAAAGCACCAGAGGGAAUAUCAGAAAGGACAAGCGCGACAUGGAUAAACUUUGGAAGGAAGCUGGACACGUCAAGGCUAUCAACUCCGACGCGAUUUCGACUGUGGCUAAGCGGCUGUUGGCAAAUAAGCAUCCCGUUCUACCUUUUUGGCUAUUCGAGUCUACAUGUUCAUUAGAAAUUGCAUCAUGCGCCGAUGAAUCUGCUGUGCUUGACGCAGCGCCUUGUGGGCUUCCCUCUCGCAGGACAUACGAGUAA